CUCCACCGUGGAACAUAUCUUCAAGGUGACGGAUGUCCUGCAACGAGUCAGGGCGAGCCCUGCAGACUCUGUGAUGAAAUUAAAAAUGCAUAAAAAAGACAAUUUACUUUGACAGUGAAGCAACGCGUGCUGCGGGGAGAAUAUUAAAUACUGUGGGAACUUGUGGAUUUAGUUGCAGUCUCACCGCAGCUCUGCACAUGAGUAGUUCAAGGGCGCUCCCAAGUUUCUGAUGCCAACAAGUUUUUUACUCCGACUCCACCCGCAGCCAGUGAUCAUGUUGGAUAAAUGUGGACUGCAGAGCGCCGGUGUGCCCGUCUCCAGCGCGGACCUCCAGCUUAAACUAACGGACAACAAGAGUAGCCUGGCCGCAGCCGGGAUGGGGAUGGAGAACGGCACUGGGAAGAGACUCAUAGAGAUAACUGGACCGGCUUUAUCCAAAAGAAAACUUCUGGUCGGUUUAGACCUCCUCUGCCUCUUCCUUGCUUCCAUCCCUUUCUUUGCAUGUGAACUGAAGGCCAUGAGACCUUACAGAAGGGGCUUCAUGUGCGGCGACCCCGGAAUCACCUAUCCUUACCUGCACCGAGAGGCCAUACCAGACGAGUUACUCAUUGCGGGUGGCAUCAUCAUCACCGGCCUCACUAUCGCCCUCGGGGAGUGUUACCGGGUUCGUUUCAGAGGCGUCAGCUCCAAGGCCUUUGUCAAGAACCUGUAUGUGUCCUGCCUGUACAAGGAGCUGGGCUGCUUCCUGUUCGGUUGCUGUGUUGGCCAAUCACUGACCAACAUGGCCAAACUAAGUGUCGGGCGGCUGCGACCACACUUCCUGUCUGUGUGUGGUGUCACGUACGCGUCGCUAAACUGCACCCCUGGCACCUACGUUGCAACCGUGAACUGCCACCAGCCUGACCACCGGUUGGAGGAAGAGGCCAGGAAGUCCUUCUUCUCUGGUCAUGCUUCCUUUGCAAUGUAUACAAUGCUCUAUUUAGCGUUUUACCUGCAGGCACGGUUGACAUGGCGUGGGGCUCGGCUGCUGAAGCCGGCACUGCAGUUCUUCCUGGUUCUGCUGGCAGUCUACACAGGUCUGACCCGCAUCUCAGACUACAGGCACCACCCAUCUGAUGUGCUAACAGGCUACAUACAGGGAGCCCUCACUGCUUACUGGGUGGCCUUCCACAUCUCGUCCAUGUUUAAAACCUCGAGUUCAGAUCUGUCUCCGACUGAGACCCUGGACAGCCCCUUGUCCCCCCACCAUACUGUCUGCUAAACCUCACCUCCACCAACCUUUGCCUGUACCAUCCACCUGCUGCCUGAUGUCUGGUUAGGAUAGACAAGAGAUUUGAAGAAUGUGAGACCAUUUCCCGUAAGUCAAACCACAUACCUCAGUAUUCGGACAGAGUGUGUGUGAGAGAGAGAGAGAGAGAGAGAGCGUAGAGCUUGUGAGAGAAUGUAUGUGACCCAUAAAAAAAAACAUGUGAACUGAGAGAAAGGAAGAGGGAGGGUACUGAGGAUAAUCAACCCUUUGUCCUUGUGACUGACCGUAACUUUACAUGUGAUACACCUGUGAGAGGAAUCCUGAGCACACAGAAACCACUACCGCUCUAUACGUCAUCUGUAAAUAUAUACUGAUUUUGUACAACUCAAAUGAUACUGUAAAGCACGUUUUGAUUUCCAUGUUAGUAUUAUUAAUUACCACUUUGCAAUGAUUUGGCACGUAGGAUGUAAUAUAUUUUGUACAAAUGUGAUAUAUGUUGUAGCUAUUUUUUUUUAUUUUUACAUAAACCCAGUGAAUGUAAUGGUGUUGAAGGAAAGCACAAAUAGUGAGAAAGCAACUGAUUGUUGUACUACUAAGAAAAAGUAGGUUGUGUCCGUCCUGUUUCAAUUCUGUGAGCAGUGUGUUGUACAUGUAGUUUAUUAAUGAGAGAAUGAGUAUGAAUAUGUCUACACAAUAUAUAUGUAUAUAUGUAUAUCUACACACAUAUAUAUAUAAAGCAUGUUUGAAAAGUACAGACGCUACUAGCUCUCUGAAAAAAUUUUUAUAAAGCUUUUUUGUUACUAGACUACUUACCAGUCCAAGAGCACAUGGAUCAUUAAAGAAAAAAAAAUGUUUUUUUUCUAAAUCUUUGUCUCUUUAAGUUUUUAAGUUUGUGAUUGCAUACACAUUUUGAGAAUAACAUGUUUUUAAAAAUAUAAUUAUUAUAUUAUUACAAGUAUUAUUGUAAAUCCUGAAGUUCAAAACAGAAGACACAGAGAAACAUUAGGAUUCAUGUGGGGUCAUGUUUCUGGCCAAGUCCAAUAUUCACCUUCUUUUAGCUCUGUUUUUGGUCUCCACCAACCACUGGAGAAAAAUAUUUGUCUCUGUAUUUGUUAAAUGCCCCAAUAUGGUCACAGCUAGUCACUAACUUCAUAUGCCUGCCAAUUGGUGCCAGGCAGGGUUUUUUUUGCUUAAAAGAGCUGCCUGUUGCUGCUGGAUAUCAGGUUGAUAAGAGCGGUUUGACUUAAUUAGAACCAAAACAAUUAGCUGAAAGGCACUAAAAUGCUGAACUAGAGCCGAGGGAACUACAGAAUCUGGUGAUAACACUCUCUGAGUUUUUCACUAUAUGAACACCUUUUACAUCACAUAGUCAUGUGACUAUUUUUCAUAGGAUCGUAAACAGCUUCAGCCACAUUGAUUAUCGGAAAUUCAGCUUUUUCAAAAUGUUCAAAUAAGUUUCAAAUAAGUCCACACAUCUGCAUUUAAACUUUUAUUUAUUAGCCUUAAUUUAAUAAUGCAAUAAAGUUGUGGACCUUA